AUCAGCGUUAUUCCCCCAGGAGCGGGCGGGGAAUCCGUGCAAGACCUGAGCGUGCGUGGAUCGAAGCGAGGCGCCGACGGCGAGCGGAAGAUGGUGACGGACUCGGGCCUCAUCAAGGCAACCGCUUCGACGCCGCUCGACGUGGACGAGACGCCGCUGAACCUGUCGCUGAAGCCGGCGUCGAGUGGCGGCGGUGGUGGUGGUGCGUCGUCGUCGCAUGCCGCUGACGACGUCCAAGGCGAGAAGCAAGCUGCCGUCGGACCAGAUGCCCGAGCUCAAGGGCCCGCCUCGACCAGCGCACCAGUCCUCGUCUGCUGCCUCGGCGUCCCUGCCGACCCGAAGACGAAUCGACCACGAAACUUGGGCCGUGGGUUGUCGAGGCCCAAGAAGAACACAGUGGCCUCGUUGUUGGCCCUGAGUCGGGCCCUGGGCAUCAAGGGGACGCCGGAGAUCGUGGCUGCCAUCCAAGCUGGCGACAUGGAUCGUCUGUCCCAGCUGCUCAGCUCCAAGGACAGCGAAGCCCUGGCUGCUGCUCUGGCACAAGGACAGGCUUCGUUGGAUUCCGUUAUCAAGGGUGAUUCGGACGAGGACGACGAUGUCGGCGGUGGUGGUGGACACCAUCAUGUAUCGUCGGCGGACGGACACGACGGCAGUGUGGAAAACGGCGGCCGGCGUCUGGGCAAAGUCAUCACGUCUGGACUGGGCACGAUCGGGUUGCCGCCUGGGCUCGGGCCUUUGGGCCACGGGUUCAGUUUGACCAAAGAACCUCGGUCCGAUUCCAAGCGUCAGAAUGGAAUGUUGUCCGAUGACUGCUUGACGGAUGGAGAGGGUAAGAAUGGUUCGCAUGAAAAAAACGGGGAGCUGGGGGAGGGGGGCAGAUUUCACCGAAUGAGUCCGGACAGUCUCCGGAGCAGCGAGGAUCAAGCGUUGAUCGCGUUGCAGAAACGCCUGAUGGCGGUGGAGAACUUGACGGAGAUGGAAGCCGCGCAACUCAUACAUCAGAUGCAGUUCGACGAUGAAUUUGAGUUUGACGGCGUGGACUCUGACGGGGUUCACGACCGCUCGGGCUCUUCAUCGUCCUUGUUCGGUGUACGUCGAGCGUCAAAGUUCAUCACUGAAGCGAGAGAACUUCAGCUUCAGUCCGAGAGCAGUGGUUGGGGAAUUCUUAUACCCGAUGCCACCGGAAGGGAGACUCAUCAAGCUUUCAGAAGACGAUUAAACCUUGGCUUAGCUCCUCAACGCCCGGGUCUUAGGGCCACCCGACGUGGCUCGGCUCUUUUACGCACUUUUCGCCUCCACCCAACCCAAAGCAGCGUUGCUGGACGUUUUCGGCUACUUAACAAGCGGAGAUCUGCUUGGUUGGAAUUCCUCAGGGAGGAGCGCGAGCACCAGAACAAAGUAAUCGAAGAGUUGCAAUCAGAGAACAAACUCGACGAAGCCCUCGUGGCGAAGCGGAUGGCCGAGUGGAGAGCCGAGCAUGGAGGCUGUCCGGAAGCAGAAGCAGCUGCUGAGGCAGCAGCAGCAGGACGAGUUUCGUCGCAAGCAGGAGGAGCGCGAGAAGGCGCAGGAAGAGGAACGGAUCCGACUGCAUCAGAUGCUGCAGGAGAAGGAGUUGAAGCGGCAGCAGGCUCUCAGCUGAGGCAGCAGCAGCGGGACGAGUUUCGUCGCAAGCAGGAGGAGCGCGAGAAGGCGCAGGAAGAGGAACGGAUCCGACUGCAUCAGAUGCUGCAGGAGAAGGAGUUGAAGCGGCAGCAGGCUCUCAUGAUCCAGGAGCAGAGAAGCUUUCGAGGUGACUCACCUUCACCUGNGCUGAGGCAGCAGCAGCAGGACGAGUUUCGUCGCAAGCAGGAGGAGCGCGAGAAGGCGCAGGAAGAGGAACGGAUCCGACUGCAUCAGAUGCUGCAGGAGAAGGAGUUGAAGCGGCAGCAGGCUCUCAUGAUCCAGGAGCAGGAGCGAGAGAGACGGCGGCAGCACAUGGCCCUGCUGAGAUCAUUGGACGCCCGCAAGCGGUGGGAAGAGCGAGAAAGGCGUCGCAACGAAGUCAAACUGGAGAAGGAAGCUGUGAAGGACAGGAAGUUGGAUCGUCGUCGCAUCGAAGUUGAGCUUAUGAAAGAACUGCGUCGUGCCGUGGAAGAUCUCGAGAUUAAUGACUUGGACGACUUGCCGGACGUGAAACGCAUUCCGUGCCUCCGAUUGCCCGGCGCUGCUUUUGCCAACAUUCUCAUGGUCUUUGAAUUCCUGCACCAGUUUGGAGAAACUCUGGGCUUUGACAUGGGAAGCUUGCCGACUUUAAACGGUCUCCAGCUGGCCUUGUUGAAUGACGACAAUUCCGAAGACGAGCUCAUGUCCGUCGUGUGCCAUCUGCUCGUGUGUGCCAUCGAGGACCCGGGCAUUCCGCACCCGAACCGACACACGACCAUCUUGGGCCAGUCGCUGAAGCAAGCCGACAUCACUCCUGCCAAUCUCUCCGAGGUGCUCAAGAUUUACCUCACCGCCAACGCCAACGGAGAGGUGAAGAGUGCGAUGGGCGUCCCGCUGGAUCGAAAGGACGUGCUUGUCGAGAAGACUGAGGCCUUCAUUCAGCGCCUCAGUCAAAACGCCAUCUUCAAACUGAGCGUGCAGUUGCGCGAGAAGCCGUUUUUGUCGCUGAAUCCCACUGACAAGUCUGCCAUCGUCGCCUUCAUUUGCCACGAGCUGCUGCAGAACAAGGCUGUGGUCAGGUACAUUGAAGACUCCAUCGAGAACCUCAACGCUGUUCGAAAAGACAAGUGGCUCACCGACGGUCAUUUGAGAAAACUCAAGAUGGUUUACCAGAGAAAGUACAAGGGUUCUUUGAAGCGUUUGUCGUCCGGACUGCAUGUUGCCAAUCAUCCGGAGGAUUCGAACAUGUCGACGGUUUCCGGAACGAGCGAAGGUACGAAGGAAAACGAGGAGAAUGAGGAAGAAGAAGAGGAAGAGAGCGGAAACGAAAGCGAUCAGACUGAAGAUUUCGGGAGUGAUGCGGCAUUACAAAUGCUCGCCGAGAGCAUGAGCAAGGAGGACGUUGAGAAGAAAAUGGAAAGCUUGAUUCAGGACUCUGAGGAGAGGCGAUACGCCCUUUGGGACGCCUUGUGUCGACUUCGUGGUCAGCACAUUGGUCAAGACAGAUUCCAUCGGAAUUAUUUCGUUCUCGCGUCGGCCGGCGGCGUGUUCGUCGAGGGAAUCGAGUCGGGGGUCCUGCACAGCAGAGCAGAGUUGGACGAGGACGAAGCCGAGUACCGGAAAGACCACCCGUUACUCGACGAAGACGAAGAGAACUCGGGGAAUGAAGACAACGGCGUGGACCCCGACGAUGGUGGAACAGACGACAGCGAACCGCCGUGUCUGGUGCGACGAGACCAGAGUAUCUCGGAGCCGAUGGACACCGAAGAGAAUGGCCCGCCGCCGUUGAUCCCCAAGUCGGUGUUGGAAAAGGAGAGCGACGCCUUUGUUGAGCCCAAGGCGAAAGCCGAGAAUGAAGCGUCGAAUGAAGACUCACCGAAAGGAGCAGCGUCGUCGUCUUUGAAGGAAGAAGUCAGUCCGGCCAAGGUGAAGCCGUUGCCGGCCCUGAUUCCGACGUCCAUUGGAGACGUUGGCGGCGCCGUUUUGCCCGGCGGCGCUCUGCUCAUCCCUCCCAAGUCCGAUCCGCUCAAAGCGAGUCCGGUCCAGCAGCAACAACAACAACAACACGUGCAUCCGCCGCUGCCGGAGCGGAAUUGGUUCAGUAUUCUCCCGCGGCGGUCGUGUGACGCUGCUGCAGCCGCCAAGCUGCCGCCUCCCGUCAUCCGCAAGGAGACGCGUGAGAAGUUUACCCAGCUCAGCAACUUUUGCAAAGAGCAGGGCGGUGGUGAUAAGUUUGAUCUCUCGGGCCUCGAACCACAUGUUGUUGACGUGCUCAUCAACAACUUGAUUCACACUACUCCUCCUCCUUCUUCGUCUGUCGCCGUCGCUGUUGGUGCAGUUGAUACCGAUGCGACAGCGACGACACCAACAUCGUCAGACGCGAGCAACAGCAACAACAAUAUGAAUCGUCUCACGGCCUUGGCCGCCAACGAUCAGAAGAUCCAAGCCUUCUUGAAGCGUCUGAAACACAAUCCUGAAGCGAAACCGGUUCCGAAAGUCUCCGCUGUACAAAUUAUUGCUGAUCGCGAAAACGUUCCUUCCGCAGAAUUCAAGCGUGGCUGGUGGCGAGUUGUCGACAAGGAAUUGAUCAGAGAAAUUUCCAAGAAACUUCACCACCGAGGAAUCCGCGAGAGAGAGCUGAAGCGUUUCAUGGAGAAAUACGAAGACCAAAUCAUGCGGGCCUGUGAUCGGGUGAUGGAGCGAGAAACCAAGUUGGUGUACCCGCCGCCGCCGAUCUCGACGCGACUGGCUGGUGAAGACGGCGAGUCGAUGGACGUCGAAAGGCCGUUGCCGCUGUUGAAGAUCCCUCGGUUGUUCGGCGUGCCCUUCGGCCUGCUCGUGCCACGAAUGAGCCGACUGCACCGGUACGCUAACCUGAACAGCUGCGACCUCGUCCACCUCCUCAACCUCCUCUUCCACCGGUCACGCAGCGUUUCCCAUCCGUGCACACAACCGUUCUUGAAACAUAGUCCGGCUUAUUGGAAGGAGAAAAUAAUUUCUUUUGAUGCGAAAUUUGACGGGACCAGCAAAAAGAAAAUUCGGAUUUUAGGAAAAUCACAGAAGCCGGACGAGCACGGUGCUUACUCGGCUGACGUGGCCAUGCGAUUGGACUUGUCGACGCUGGAGCAGGUGGAGGAGUUGGAGGAGAAGGUGGCCAGUGCGUCCAUGCAAAUCAAGGCGAGUGACGAUUGA